AUGCCGCACACUGGAAGCAGGGGGCUCUGGCCCUGGGCCCCCCUUGGACCAGCAGGUGGUAAAACCUCCCUAGCCCACCAGUUUCUGGAGGGGAAGUUCCUGGAGUACUACGAGCCCACAGUGGAGAGCAUCUACAACAAGAUGGUGGUGGUUGACAAGGAUGAGUUCCAGCUCCAGCUGGUGGACACAGCCAGGCAGGAUGAGUACACCAUCCUGCCCUGCUCCUUUGUCAUUGGCAUUCACGGCUACGUCCUGGUGUACUCGGUGACCUCCCUGCAGAGCUUCCAGGUGGUGAAGACCCUUCACAACAAGCUGUAGGAGAGCUGGGGAAGCAUGCCUGUGGUGCUGGUGGGGAACAAGGCAGACCUGCCUCUGCAGAGGAAAGGAGGGCCCUGGGAGGUGAAGAUGGAUGAAGGGAAGAAGUUGGCAGAGUCAUGGGGUGCCAUCUUCCUCGAGUCCUCAGCCAAGGAGAACCAGGUGAUCCAGGAGAUCGUCAUGAAGAUCAUUGAGGAGAGGGUGGAUAACUCCUAUGUCAGACUGACCGGCUGCUGCCUGAUGUGA